GCCGGGGAGAACGGGAGCUGUCGUGUUGUUUAUGCCCCGCAAGAUAAACUUUGGUCCACAAUGUCCGAAUUCGACAACAACCCCUUCGUGGACCCGGUGGACCCGGUGGACAUGAACCCCUUCCAGGAUGCAUCAAUCACACAAGCCACGGGCAGAGCGGCUGAAGGUGCUGGCGAGUACAACCCCUUCUCUGCAACUGAAAUGGAAACACACGUCGACUCGACCAUCCCCAUCUCUGCUGCCUCCUCUCAACCCGCCGUUCUGCAGACCUCUGUGGAGCAGAGCACACAAGCGAACGUAGCCAUCGGCCAGGCGAACCUGAUGAAGCAGCAGGAGGAGCUGGAGAGGAAAGCGGCCGAGCUGGAGCGGAAGGAGCAGGAGCUCCAGAACAGCAGCGCAGGCCGAGCGGCGCUCAACACCGGCGAUAAACAGAACAACUGGCCACCUCUUCCCUCGUUCUCCCCUGUGAAGCCGUGCUUCUAUCAGGACUUUGAGGGGGAAAUCCCCGAGGAGUACCGCGGGAUCUGCAAGAGGAUGUACUACCUCUGGAUGUUCCACAGCGCCACCCUCUUACUCAACGUGCUGGCCUGCCUGGCUUACUUCACCGCCGGCUCUCAGUACGGCGUGGACUUCGGUCUGUCCAUCCUCUGGUUCUUCCUCUUCACGCCCGUGUCCUUCAUCUGCUGGUACCGGCCCGUCUACAAGGCCUUCAGGUCCGACAACUCCUUCAGCUUCUUUUUCUUCUUCUUUAUCUUUUUCUUCCAAGUGGCGGUGUACAUCAUCCAGACGGUCGGGAUCCCCAAGUGGGGGAACAGUGGAUGGAUCGCAGCCAUCAGCAUGAUUGGCACCAACCUGGCGGUGGCUGUGGUGAUGAUGGUGGUGGCCGGAUUCUUCACUGUGAACGCGGUCCUGGCUGUGUUUCUACUCAAAGCGGUCCACUCUAAGUACAGGAGGACCGGUGCCAGCUUCACCAAGGCCCAGCAGGAGUUCUCCAGCGGCGUCCUGACCAACCGAACGGUCCAGACGGCUGCAUCCAGUGCAGCCGCCUCCGCGGCCCAGGGAGCCUUUGGCAGGAAUUAGACUCAGGCUCGUCACUUCUCUGACCAACAUAGCCAUGUUUCAACAUACUUCAUUGUGGUUAGGGUUUAAUCUAUUUAUGAAAAAAGCAAAAAAAAUACUAAUAACACAACUUUUGAGAGAAAUUGAGAGUGAGAGUGACGUGUGCGCUUUGUUCCUCUUGCUGCUUAAACAUACAGAAAACAAGCGAGAGGUCUUACGCAAGAGCGUGUCAUGACUUGCAUACGUCUCCGUUGCCACUGAGCUCUUUACCGCCUUCAUCAGUAUGCAGCGCGACUCCUGCUAUCAAAAAUGUGUUCUGGGGAAAGCAUGACGGAGACAGAAAACUGAAGUUGAACCGAAGGCGGCAGCGUGGGGUACGCCGAAAAAUGAAUUGGCAACCCCUCAUCACAAUAUGACUAACUGCAUUCAACGUGGUCGACUAAAGAUGUACGGCGCACCACUGAACAGGGCUGCAGUUUAGUGAUAAAGUACAUUUAUUUAAAUCCCUUCACCGUUAAAUAGUCUGGCGGGGAAGUAUCGGGAUGUUUCACUCAAACAUACCGGGGCCUCAUGAAUAAACACUGGGAGGAGUCGGGAUUAUCUAAAAAGCACACUUGACACAAGAAUGUUUCACCGUCAUUGAAUUAUGUACCCACUUAACGUACAAAUACAUAUUUGUGUCGUUCCGGCAGCAUGUAGAGCGUUGCAGGUUAUGUCAUUCUGCCUUCAUAAACUGGUUCAAUACAUACGGUCCACUCCAUAUUCCACCAUCUGUAAAAUGAGAUGCAUCUAUCUUCCACUACUAAUGAACACAGCUGCUGUUUGAAUUUUUUUCCGCUCUAAAUCUCGUGUGUUUUUCAUGUGUACAGGAUGAUGAAUAAUGAAGGGGACGGGGAUGAAGGUUUUUUCUUUCUACUGUUUUAAUCAGUUUACUGAUUUUUAGAUGACGUGUGAAAAAAAAAAAAUGAAGAUACUGUUACACAUUUUUUUAUUCAUGUUGAGUUGUGAAGAAUAUGUUUUCUGUCAGUGUUGCUGCGAUUUAUUAAUGUAAAGUGAGUGACAUGCAGAAUGACAGAGUGUAGGUGUAUUUGCAGUACUUAGAGAAGUGUAUUAAUGAGCAGAAAGAACACAUCUAUCCAAUAUUUUCCUUUGUAAUUGUAAAGCAAACAAAAAUGUGACUGAAUAGACACAGAUAGUUUGUAUUUUCUCGCUGCUUUCUACCCACUUGUUGGGUAUUUACAUGUUUUGUGCUUGUGAAUAUAUAUAUAGAUGGUAUAUACUGUACAUAGAAGUUGUUCUGAUCUUUCCUUACAGGAACACUGGAUCACAUUGUUUGGGUGUAAACUAAGUGCCUUGAAGCAGAUGUCACUCAUUAAUUCCAGCGUGGGGAUUUAAGCACGAGGCUUCGUGUGUUGUUCGAUUUUGUUCGUCGUGAUAGAGAAAUUAGUUUUUCUGAGGUUUCCCUUUGAUGAUCAGAAUGUGUAUUAAGGUGUUUUGUACAUAUUGGUUUAAAAUAUAUAUUGGAAUGGGAUUUGCUGGAAACUGUUUGUAAGUCUUACCAUUGAUUAAACUCAUUUGUAUGUUUCA